AUGUUGUGGAUCAGACUACUGGCUAUCUUCCUCGUCCUCAUCACUAACACAUGGCUCCUCAGCCCGGUUCGCUCCGAAGCACUCAGCCGGUACAAACGCGCCAUGGCCCGGCGGGCAGACCGUGAGCUCUCCAGGCUAGCAGGUGAACCCUGCACCGUCUCCGGCGUCUGGAGGUCCCUGCGGCAACCCCGCUCCCUCUCCCCAUCCCAACACCGCCCUCCAGCGGCCCGUCCGAUGACGCACACGAGCCGGAGAGAGCUGUACACUGUUAAGAGCGCUCCUGCGGUUUGUGCAGGAGGAUGCAGGUUUGACACCGGGGUGCAGCGGGUCGUUCCGGCGGGGGAGGGUGUGGCGGUGGGAGCGGGGGACGGAUAUGUCACGGUUCCCGGGCGGCUCUUUGAGAAACGCUCCACAAACGACAAGAGAGAGACUUAUGUCAGUGAAAACACCACACAGCAGCCCGGGAAGUCUUUGCUUAAAGACACCGGGCAGACCGUCUCCUCCGCGCAGUCGUCACGCAGCUCACGCUCAAGGUUCAAGCGCAGCGUCGACAGUACGUUUCCGUACGAGGAAGAUGUCAAUACCAGUUGGGAGAAAGUUUCACAGCCCGACAGCUCAACAGAUUCCAGGGGGCUCCAGGUCCUCUCCAGGCUGCAGCAGGAAGAUGACCAGCAGUCCUCGACCGGGACCCUGGAAGACAGUACCGAGGACUACUCGGGGGAGGUGGAGAAGGCGGAACAGCCUGCAAGACUGCCGGUCGGGAGCGCCUCUCCCUGGGGGAGUCCUGUGCCCACGGUGCCCCCUUCCUGGAUGACUGCGCUGUACUUCAGCGGGCGUCGAGAGCAGCUGAAGGUGAAGCCGGAUGCAGGGGUGGAGCUGCCGAGGGCCACAUUCAGUCUGGAGCUGUGGGUGAAUCCUGAGGGAGGGCAGAGCAACCCUGCGGUCAUAGCAGGUGUAUUUGACAACUGUUCCCAUUCACUGAGUGAGAAGGGCUGGUCGGUAGGCGUUCGCACUGUGGAACCUGCCGGCGCUAAAGAUGCACGGUUUUACUUCACUCUUCGCACAGACCGAGCCGUAAAAUCCACCACUGUCUAUAGCCACCAGCGGUACCGAGCCAAUGCCUGGACUCACCUGAUGGCCACUUACAACGGCCUCAACAUGACCCUGUAUGUUGAUGGAGCUAAGGUUGGAGAGAGCAGUCUCCAGUCGGGGAAUCUCUACAGUCCCUUUAUGAAGACGUGCAGAACCCUCUUCCUCGGCAGUAGCCAAUCGGAUCAGGGACCCAGCUUCAGGGGCCAUAUAGGGGGUGUGGUCUUGUGGGGCUAUGUCCGCUCUCAUGAGGACCUGCUGAAGCGGCCACUUCAAAUUGACAAAAGCGAGCCACUCAUGGCGAUGUGGGCUGACUUCACUAAUGUGGAACAGCUAUGGACUCCAUACAAAUUUGGCCACCAUCCGGCCAUCCUUACCACUCCUGUCCCUGAACAAGAACUUGUCUCCUCGUUCCUGCCGCCACCCUGUGGCCUGACAGCCUGCGACAACACCGACAUCAUCUUUGGCUACAACGACAACUGGCAGCUCCGUGCCACCAAGCAAGUUCGCUACCAGAUCGUCAACCUCUGCAAUGACGAUGGUGGAAACCCCACUGUGUCGGAAGCCCAGAUCCAGCUCCAGCACCAGGCUCUAACUGAGGCCUUUCACCCUUACAACAUCACCCUGGAUCUGAGUGUGCACACUGCCAGAAACUCCAGCUUCAGACAACGGUUUAUCCUCAGCAACUGUCGAAUUGGCAAGAUUGGGAACCGCCAAUGUGACCCUGAGUGCGACCACCCAAGGACAGGCCACGAUGGAGGGGACUGCCUUAGAAUGGGGCCCUGCUACAACUGGAAGAGACAGGAUGGAUAUUGUAACAUGGAGUGCAACAGUAUACACUAUGACUACGAUGAUGGAGACUGCUGUGACCCGGAGGUCACCGACGUCCUCAAGACCUGCUUCGAUCCUGAGUCCCCUGACAGGGCCUAUAUGAGUGUGAAAGAGUUAAAGGAGGAGCUACACCUGAGUGGCACUGACACACUCAAUGUUUUCUUUGCCAGCAACUCAGUGCGUGAAGAGUUGGCAGGAGCUGCAACCUGGCCAUGGGCAAAGGAGGCUCUUACUCACCAAGGUGGGAUGGUGCUGAACCCGUCCUACUUUGGUACCAUAGGCCACCACAACACAAUGAUCCAUGAGAUGGGCCACAUCUUUGGACUGUACCAUGUCUUCAAGGGGGUGAGCGAGCGGGACUCCUGUGAUGACCCAUGUCAGGAGACCUCCCCAUCCAUGGAGACAGGAGAUCUGUGUGCCGACACUGCACCAACACCCAAAUCUAAAGCCUGCCAUGAUCCUGGAGCCGUCAAUGAUUCCUGUGGAGUCACCAUGUACCACGACACACCUUAUAGCAAUUACAUGAGUUACACAGAUGACAACUGCACCGACCAUUUCACCGCCAACCAAGUGGCCCGGAUGCACUGUUAUCUUGACUUGGUUUACCAGAAGUGGCUGACAGACCAGCAACCUGCCCCCAUCCCUCUGGCCCCCAUAGUGACGGACCAGAGUCCGGAUUCUGUCUCUAUAUAUUGGCUGCCACCUAUGAGGGGACCACUUUAUCAGAGCUCCUCCGUCCAUGUGUCUGGUAUUAACUGUGGAGACUGUGAGAAAGACGGUGUUUUCCACCAGUACGCCUCGGAAGCUACAUCACCUCGCAUCUGUGACACGUCAGGCUACUGGACACCCGAAGAGGCAGUCGGCCCGCCGGAUGUGGAGCAGCCCUGUGAUCCCAGCCUCCAGGCCUGGAGUCCUGAGCUCAGCCUUUAUGACACUAAUGUGACCUCACCGUGCCCCGACACCGAGGGCUGCACCCUGACACUAAAGUUCCUCCACCCUAUCGUUCCGCACGUGCUCACCCUCUGGGUCACCUACAUCUCCUCAAACAACCCAGCCAUAGCCAACAUAGAGCUGAUAACAGACACUGGGAAAAGCAUUAACCUCGGACCUCAGCAUGUCUUCUGCGACAUGCCCCUCACGUUACGCCUCGACAGCCACAACGCUGCCGUCACCGCCAUAAAGCUCUGCACCUUCGAUGAGAAGAUGGAAAUCGACGCUGCCAUGUUGUCUUCAGGUCCCGGCAGCCCCCUGUGCGCCGGCUGUCAGCCUGUGCUGUACAAGAUUCAUCGGCAACCACCCUUCGCCAAAUCCCCCUCACCUCAGACCGAGCUGACGUUCACCGACAGUUCUGUAAGCCAGGGAGUCAGGUACCACUACACAAUCCAAGUGGAAGCAGAAAGUCUCCUCAGCGAUACGUCCUCACCUCUCCUCUACACCCAUGGGCAGUCCUACUGUGGAGAUGGCCUCAUGCAGGGGACAGAAGAGUGUGACGACAGUAAUCUUUUGGAUGGUGAUGGCUGCUCUAAGAAAUGCCACAAGGAGAUGGGCUUCAACUGUAAUGGUGAACCUAGUCAGUGUUAUGUUUUUGACGGUGACGGUGUGUGUGAGGAGUUUGAGCGGGGCUCCAGCGUUCAGGACUGUGGUUACUUCACACCUUUGGGAUACACAGACCAGUGGGCAUCCACCGCCAUUGCUUCUCACCAGGACGCCGACCACUGUUCCGCCACUGCUGCCACUGGGGAGCCAUCACUUACCAAGCUUUGCAGGUACCAGCACCUGGAGGUGAGUGAGAAAGUGUCCUCAGACGCCUGGUUCCCUUGCACAGCCCAAUCCGACAAACACAAUGACCUGGAACAUUCAUUUUGGCUGAAGGUGGGAUUUGUCCAUGCUGGAGUGGCAGCCUCGGUGAUGGUGUACCUGGCUUCAGAUGGGUUGUGGUCUGGGGAGCAGUGUCGGAGGACAGCCACCAUCCUCCUGUCUGAUACUACUGGCAAUAACCACUCACUAGGCACACAUGACCUAUCAUGUCAUCGGAACCCGUUGGUGGUGAAUGUGACCCAUGACCUCUCUCGACCCUUCUUCAUCACGGCCUCUGUUAUUCUACUCUUCUCCUCCCCCUUUGUGGCAGUGGGAGGCGUGGCGCUGAGGACCUCCUGCCACUUCAGCACCUUCGCCCUGACCGGCUGUUUGCGACAGCCGUGUCAGAUGGACAGCUGCAGUCCUCCCCAGUUAGAGCACGCCUCUGUCAGGUGUACAGGAGGAGGGGAGUCCUCUCAAUGCUCCGUACAGUGUCACCGUGGUUUCAGCAUCACUGUCCUCAGCAGCAGAGGAACCCAACCCCACCAGAGAGAAACAAAUCUGGAGUGUUUCCAUGGUUCAUGGGAUCGUGUAGUUAGCUGUCAGCCUGUAGAGUGCGGUCUGCCCGAUCAGUCACAUGUCUACCACGCCAUAUUCAGUUGCCCCUGGGGCACCACCUUUGGCAAACAAUGCUCCUUCACCUGUGGAUCACCAGCUAUUCUACAAGGUGACAGUGACAGGUUGGUGUGUUUGGAGGACGGUUUGUGGUCUUUCCCAGAGGCCUACUGCAAGAUAGAGUGUCCAGAGGUUCCAAACAUACCCGAUGCCAAGCUGCUAACAGCAGACUGUCUGGCCUCAGGGCACGAUGUUGGCUCUGCCUGUCGUUACAAAUGCAACGCAGGCUUCUAUGUACUAGGGAGCCUCAAAAGGAAAACGCAAAGGAAGUACUUCAAGUUGGAGUGCCUGGAGGGGGGGCAGUGGGAGAAAACUAACUGUGAGCCGAUAUCCUGCCCAGCCCUACCUGAUGUAUUCCAGGGCAUGUAUAACUGCACCAAUGGCCUGCAAUAUGACACCCUCUGCACCCUGCGGUGCCCAGACGCCACAGAAAAUAGGGACAUUCGCUGCACUAAGAAUGGUCAAUGGACUGCGGAGUUCACCAUGUGCUCCAAGCUCCAGGGAUCGUGCACUCCUCCUCUCGAUCUCAACUCUGUGGAGUACAGCUGUGACCAGGGGAUGGAUGUCGGUGCUGUUUGCUACCCAACAUGCGUUGUGGCUCUCGACAUGGAUCUGCGUGACCCGGUGGUUCUGCCCAAUAGCACUACUGUUGACUCCUUAAAGCACUGGAUGCUACCCACCACCGUCCAGAGCAUAGUCUGCACAGGGAUGAUGAAGUGGUACCCUGACCCUCAACACAUCCAUUGCAUCCAAUCGUGUGAGCCUUUUGGAGGGGAUGGCUGGUGUGACACAAUCAACAACCGGGCCUACUGCCAGUAUGAUGGAGGAGACUGCUGCCCGUCCACACUCUCCACCAGAAAGGUCAUUCAGUUUGGGGCGGACUGCAAUAUGAAUGAGUGCACUUGCCGUGAUCCGGACGCCGAAGAGAAUAAGAGCAAAGCCAAGCACUCGGGACAAGGAGGCGGAAGUGGAGCCGGAGUCGGAGGAGGAAUGCUAUAAGAUGGAGGGAUGAAAGAGGCGGAACUUGUGUUAAACGGAGUCAAACCACAUACUAUAAAACACAACAAACCAACAAGAAAUAUUACAUUUUUAACAUUUGUAAUGCAAGGAACGCAACUGAAGUCAGACUUCAUACAAAGGCCUUUUUUUUUUUCAUAAGUGAUGUUGCUGUUAAAAAUGUCAUUCCUUCCUGCCAAACAUCCACUCGUGAAUAUAUUGUUUUCUUUUAAGUUAAGGGUCAUCUUCACUGCUGAGAUCUGUGUACGUUUUUUUAUUCUAUUAACAUUUUUAAAUUAUAUUUUAUUUUCAAAAUGAGACCCUAACUGAGAAAACACUGAGGUCCAGUUCAAAUAGGGUUAGAAAGCAGUCUAUCCACUCCUGUACAAAUCAAGUCACCAUAAUUGGAUCAAAUCACUAUUGUAAAUGGAUUCAAGUGCUUUUCUGGACUUGAUUAGUGUUGGGAUAAAGAAUCAAAAAGAACUGGCUGUGCCUGAAAACUGUUUCAGUACACAGACCUUACAGUGAGGGCUACUGCUACUAACUGUGUUUACUGUAUCAACGUUAGAGAACAAAACAUCAGCAUUCCAUGGAAUUAAAGCACCGUCUUUUAAAUCAUACUGAAAACAAUUCAGAUUUUUUUUACUUGUUUGAUGGCUGUUGAAAAACCAAAUGAGGACUAGUCAAAUCAAAGUCAAGUGAGCGAAAGGAAAAGAGUUGCUGUUACACUACUUCCCUUCUGUCCUCAUGGCAGAACAAACCAAAUCCUCCCAAAUCUCAAAAUGAGUUUCAGUCUUCACCACCAGAUCCUUUGGGAACAUAAAAGGAUACAUAUCUGUAAAGACUAACAUGUAAAGACUAAUAUAUUUGGAUCCCCUAACAUAUCUAACAGAUCUUGAUUAGUCAUACAAGUCAACACUAUUUAUGUCACAGAUACAUGCCAUACAAAUCAUGUCAAAUAUUUGGAAUUAUAAACAAUUACAUCCACAUCUGAAUGGGAAAGUCAGAUAUUGACUGUAAACACUAUGAUAUCACAAUUAUUGUUCUAAACAUUAUGGAAUUCCACUGAAACCAAUAAAAAUCUUGAGGUUGGCAAAGUGGUGGAUAAACGGAAAAGAUAAGUCAAACAUGUAAGAUAAAAAAGACUUUUGGGAAGCCUGGGCAUAUCUUCAGCUCAAAACAGACUUCAACAUUCUCUCCUGCUUGCAUGUUAGGUUCUGGUAUCCAUUAGCCAGAUGAAGAACCCCAUAUUGUAUCUAUUAAAAAGUGUAAUCAUGUUCUUUGUGAUAUUUUACAGUACUUUAUACUCUAUAUGAAAUAAAUAGCAACUUUAUAUCGACCCUUAUAAUGUCUGUGUUGAUUUGGUUUAUGUUCAUUCCCGUGUCUUCUGUGGCUUUCUGUACAAAUUACAUGUUCUAAUGUUCUAAUAAAACGUGGCUGACUCGACAGUACACA